AAUAGCAGCUCCCUCCAAGAUGGCGGCGGCGACGGCGGACCCGGGAGCUGGGAGCCCUCAGGCUGGAGAUUCCUCUGGCGGGGGCGCUGGGGGCGGGCUGCCGUCCCCAGGGGAACAGGAGCUGAGUCGGCGCCUGCAGCGCCUGUACCCCGCGGUCAACCAGCACGAGACGCCGCUGCCGCGCUCCUGGAGCCCCAAGGACAAGUACAACUACAUCGGCCUCUCCCAGGGCAACCUCCGCGUCCACUACAAAGGUCAUGGCAAAAAUCACAAAGAUGCUGCCUCAGUGCGUGCCACCCACCCCAUACCUGCUGCCUGUGGCAUUUAUUACUUUGAGGUGAAGAUUGUCAGCAAAGGAAGAGAUGGGUACAUGGGAAUAGGACUCUCAGCUCAAGGCGUCAACAUGAACAGACUUCCUGGUUGGGAUAAACAUUCCUAUGGUUACCACGGCGAUGAUGGGCAUUCGUUCUGCUCCUCUGGGACUGGCCAGCCCUACGGUCCCACAUUCACCACAGGAGACGUGAUUGGCUGCUGUGUCAACCUCAUCAACAGCACCUGCUUCUACACCAAGAACGGCCACAGCCUUGGUAUAGCCUUCACAGACCUCCCGGCCAACCUCUACCCCACCGUAGGCCUGCAGACACCUGGGGAGAUUGUGGACGCCAACUUUGGGCAGCAGCCCUUCCUGUUUGACAUUGAGGACUACAUGCGGGAGUGGCGUGCCAAGGUCCAAGGCACUGUCCAUUGCUUCCCCAUCAGUGCCCGGCUUGGAGAGUGGCAGGCGGUGCUGCAGAACAUGGUCUCAUCUUACCUGGUGCAUCAUGGGUAUUGUGCCACGGCCACAGCUUUUGCCCGAAUGACUGAAACCCCGAUUCAGGAAGAACAAGCAUCCAUAAAGAACAGACAAAAGAUCCAGAAGCUGGUGCUGGAGGGCCGUGUGGGUGAGGCCAUCGAGACCACACAACGCUUCUAUCCAGGACUGCUGGAGCAUAACCCUAACCUGCUCUUCAUGCUCAAGUGCCGACAAUUUGUGGAGAUGGUGAAUGGGACUGACAGUGAGGUCCGCAGCUUGAGCUCCCGAAGCCCCAAGUCCCAGGACAGCUACCCUGGCUCCCCCAGCCUCAGCCCCCGACACGGCCCUAGUAGUUCCCACAUGCACAACACAGGAGCAGACAGUCCCAGCUGCAGCAAUGGCGUCGCAUCCACGAAGAGCAAACAGAACCACAGUAAAUACCCUGCACCCAGCUCCUCCUCCUCCUCCUCAUCCUCCUCGUCCUCCUCAUCCCCAUCCUCCGUCAAUUACUCCGAGUCCAACUCAACAGAUUCCACCAAGUCCCAGCCCCACAGCAGCACCAGUAACCAGGAGACCAGUGACAGUGAGAUGGAGAUGGAAGCAGAGCAUUACCCCAAUGGUGUGCUGGAGAGUGUGUCCACACACAUUGUCAAUGGCGCCUACAAGCAUGAGGACCUGCAGACAGAUGAGUCCAGCAUGGAUGAUGGGCAUCCUCGGCGGCAGCUCUGUGGGGGCAACCAGGCUGCCACAGAAAGGAUUAUCCUGUUUGGUCGCGAGUUGCAAGCACUGAGUGAGCAGCUGGGCCGGGAGUAUGGCAAGAAUUUGGCCCACACGGAGAUGCUGCAGGAUGCAUUUAGCCUGCUGGCAUACUCAGAUCCCUGGAGCUGCCCAGUUGGCCAGCAGCUUGACCCCAUCCAGAGGGAGCCUGUGUGUGCUGCCCUCAACAGCGCCAUUUUAGAGUCUCAGAACCUGCCAAAGCAGCCCCCUCUGAUGCUCGCCCUGGGUCAGGCAUCUGAAUGUCUACGGCUCAUGGCCAGAGCGGGCCUGGGAUCUUGCUCCUUUGCCAGAGUCGACGACUACUUGCACUAGCUGACCACGCUGGCUGGCCCCACCUGGCCCUUCCUCAGCCCCAGGGCUGGAGCAGCCCUGCCCUCCAUAGGCAUCUGGCGCAGGGACCUGGAAGCCAUGGGCAGAGUCCAUUCCUCCUGCCUGGUCUCCCCAACUCCGUUUACUUUUCUUUUCUUCUUUUCUUUCUUUUCUUUUCUUUCUUUUCUUUUCUUUUCUUUUCUUUUCUCUUUUCUUUUCUUUUCUUUUCUUUUCUUUUUUCUUCUCUUUUCUCUUCUCUUCUCUUCUCUUUUCUCUUCUCUUUUCUUCUCUCUUCUCUUUUCUCUUUUCUUGUUUUCUCUUCUCUUUCCUUUCUUCUCUUUCUUCUCUUCUCUUCCCUUUCUUCCUUCCUCCCUUCCCACCCCCCCCCCCCCACCAGCCCUCAGUCUCUGUCUUCACGUGCAGCGGCCUCUGACACAGUAUUGGCUGGUUACUCUCAUGUAGCGCCUUCUAGUUUGAAAGGGGGGUUUUGUUUUGAGGAGGGGUUGGGGUUUUUUAAAUCUUUUUGUUUUUUUCCUCCUGACUGAGCCACCAGUAUUUAUCUCUGGAGAGCUUGUGCUGAGCUGGUUUCUGCUCAUUUAGUGAUGAAGCCUAUCCAAGUUGGUGAUAGCUUACUAUUUUCAUAAGUAAAAAAAAAAAAAAUAAGAUUAUAUAUAUAAAUAUAUAUAUUAAAAAAAGACACAGUAUUUAUCGUAGUGUUAGUGAUCCAGCACCUCUUGGGUGAGGCUGUCCGGACACCAUAUGUUUUUAUUUGAGACCAACUCAUUAAAAAAGAAUCAUCUCUGUCACCUCAGCCAAGUGAUUUGUUUAUUUCAGGCUUCCCCUUUGUUGAGCCACAGGCCCAGCUGCAGCUCCUGGAAGCCCAGUAGGCUUUGGGGGGCCACUUAGUGGGCAGGUUUGCAGCAUCCGAAAGGUGUGGGUCCCUAGGCCCCUGAGAGUUGGGUUUGGGUGGACAACUAUAGGGCUGAGGCUUCAGAGAAGGAAUGAGUUGGUUGGCCCAGGGCUACACAGCAAAGCAAGGGAGUAGAGGGUCCUUGGCCAGCACGCUAUCUACCGUUCUACCCUGCCUCUCACUGCCUACCUUGCCCCUCCCUUUCUCCCCCCACUCAGCAUCCUGUUUUCCCUUGUUAAGAUGGCCAAAUAAUUCAUUUACUCUAAAUUGAUUGCCUGGAAACUACCUGCCUUUGACUCGAGAGCUGCUGUGUGUCAGGCUGCGGGGAGGAUGUCUCCAUUCCAGGACAGAGGCCCUUGAGUACAGGGACUGCCUUCUUUCUGCCUGGAUCUUCACCAUCUCUGCACAGCUCUGAUGGAAUCCAUGCUUUCUGUUGUGAAGCUAGGACCUUGUGGAGGCAGAUACUUGGGCCACCAGUUGCUGGAGUGGAUGGAACUCUUGACCUACUAAGCCAGGCUUCACUGCAGCUGUGCCAGGCAGCUCCCUGCAGCUUGGUCCCAGCCACUCUUAGAAAAGACUAUUAUGAGUAUUUGUUGGCCAGAGGAAGGGACCUCAUGGGCUCUACAAAUGUCCCACCAGCCGUUUCAGAUGGAUCUUCACAGCUGGUGGGGUAGAAACAGUCCCGGUACUGCCAUCAGGGAAUCAGGAGAGGAAGGGCUGAGAUGACUGUUGGGACUUGAGCAAGCCAUCAGUGGAGAGGACUGACUGCCCAGGAGGAAGAAAAGGAGGAGGCCUACCCAGAGGAGCACCAGGAGGGUCUGGGCUUUCCCUACCUGCUUCAUAGUGAGAGGGAGUGCACAGGUAGCCCUUGCCAAGGGGCAAGGCCAGAAAUUGAACUUUUGAGUCCCUGCCUGGGAAAAGGCUAGAUAAGCUCCUGCUCUCUGGCAGCAGACAUAGGGAUGGUUGGUACAGCCUGAGAUUCAUUGCCUGUCACGCCCAUAGCUGGACAAGAAAUGUGACUCAGUUGGACCAACUGCUCGUGAUGGGGGUAAGGGCCCUGGCCCUGUGCUUUCCCCGAGUUCUGCCUUGGGGCAUGAUCCUAUAAGCUGCUGCUUUUUCUUGGUCCCCACCAGGGCCUUGGCUGGCACCCCACAGACCAUGGCCUGUUGGAGAGGUGUUGUCAUGUCUGUAAAGGAAAACUCAUCCUGUGCGAGGCUGGGGAUGGCUAGCUCCCAAAUGCAGAGGUUAAAAACAUCAAGGUGUUAAAAUGAUCAGAGCUGAGCAGGAUUGGGCAUUAAAACCAGAGGCUUUUUUUAGCUGGAAUGGGGUUCAGAGACCAUCUACUCCACCAGUCCUCUCGUUUAAUAAAGAAACAGGCCUGGGAGAUUAAAUGACUUAGCCAAAGUCACAGAGCAGGUUAGUGGCAGAGCUGGGACUAACCUCAUCCCCAUGGGCUGUACGACACUGUUUAGUCUUGAAGCCAAAUGGUGAGUGAAAGGCUUAGGCUGGUGAGGCCCCCAGCAGUGUCUAAGCAGCUGGUAUCUUCAGGGGUGUGUCAGGGAUGGGGAUGGGUGGCUGGGCUUGAAUUGUGGAGCAGCUGAGAGAGGGCCCAAGAGGGCCCGGGACAGCUGUGUGCUGCUUGGGGUUGAGUGUCCACCUGGCUCGCGCUCAGUUCCCAUGGCCAUCUCCCCAUUUUCUGUGCCUUAUCUCUCUGUUUCAGCUGAGUCCAAGUUGUUUACUCUGUUCCUCUCCAGAGGGGCUCUCUGUCCCAAUUGGACAGCUUACCUUUAGGACAUAAGCCUUUGCCCCACAAGCCAUGGAGAGGAUCAAAACCAAGCUGCUUGAGUCCACUAUCUUGCUGAUAGUCCAGGGCUGCCUGCCAGCCAGAGGAGCCCCUUAUGCACACCCAGUCCUACCAGCCUGUUGUCUGGGAGCCAACAGUGGGGAAGGCACCUGGGAGGAGCCCCAGGGAAGGGCUGAACCUGACCCAAGAGGACAGGAAGAAGACCUGGCUCUGUUGGGUCAUCCAGCCCUGGGGGAGCAGCCUUCCCUGUUUACCUUUUCCCCUUGUGCCACCAGAUGUUACCUUCCAGAGCGGACACUGGCAGAUGAUGCAAAGAAAGCCAGAACCUCUGAUCCUCACCCACAUGGGUCUGUGGCUGGGGGGUAGGCUGCCAGAACAGGGACACUAAGAGAUGGGGAAGUGGGGACUGCCCAGCCACCCAGCACCUUCCUACCCCUUAAGCAAGCACAAAGAUGAGGCAGAGAAUUGUCAGCGCUGAAAGUUCCUUUGGUUGCUCACAACUCAGGUAUGCAUGCAUGUGGCAGCCAGGCAGCAGAGCCCCCACUUGACUGCCAGUCCCGUGCACCGGACCUGUGGCCAGUUCAUGGACUCUGGCUGCCUCAGGUGCCACCUCUUUGCAUAGGGUUUUCCUCCAUUAGUAACUACAGCUGAAACAGAUGUCCUCCACAUUGUGCACACUGGUUCUGCCUUUGUCCUUGCGAGUUGAUACUUGGCAUUAGCAUGAAACUUGUGGGAGGGUUUAGAGAGAAUUUAACACAAAACAUCCUAUUAAAUUGUACUUGAGAAAUGAAAAAACUCCUGUUGUAUUUUGACAGAAUUAUUUUUAUUAAAAUAUACAUCCAUGAGCAGUCA